AUGGCCUUGUAUGUGAAGGUAAAAGGCGCGCAAGCGCAGUAGGUCGCUCCUCCAUAUGGUUACUAUGGUUACUACACAAUAGGAGACGGGACAGGGGGCUGUGUGAAGGGGGGAAUAAAAAACGACAGACGAGAGUAGGGAGGUGGUUUGCAGAACCGCUUGACUGGACACACCGUAGCUACCUCCCCCGACACUGUGCAGAGUAAAGAGAGAGAGGUAGACCGAGAGAGGGUGAGGGAGGGAGAGGUGGAAGCAGAAGGAACGGGGUAGGCCUAGGUUUUAGGGGAAAGGGUUAUGCACUCAAAGAAGAACCCCGUUCUAGGCAUGAAUAGAAUGGACACUGAAACUUUAAGAAUGCACUAUAAUGGCAUGAUGCAGUUCGAUGCUGUUUGACUACACAUUGGGACUGCAUGCUAUAGCCAUAUGCCUAUCAAUACAAUGGUGGGGUGAAGUUAUAGAACAAAGGGAGAGAACGUAAGAUUCUGUAAUUUGAGAGUUAUUAUGUGUAUACAGGAUCCAUGCAAAGUAGCCUAUAGUAGGCGAAUGCACUGUUAAGGUGAUCCUACAUUGGAGUGGGGGAAGAGAAAACUGAAGAAAGGGACUUCUCUCCUUCCCUCCCCUCCCUCUUCUGAGUGUUGGCUCUCUCUGCGCCUCUUCCUUCUCGCUCCCCCAUUCCUUAAGAAUAUGCAAAUCACGCCCUCCUCUCCCUCUCUUUCUCUCUCCCUCGAAGUGCAUCCUUUGCUAGCCCUCAGUUGAUUUUGUUACCGUACCGACGGCAAAAAGUGAAAGUCGUCUUGACGGAGGAAGAGGGAGAAAGAAAAGGGGGAGAGGGGGGUGGGGAAGAGGCAAACGUACGCAUCAAUUCGUACAGUCUUCAGCGGCACCCCGUUUUUUCCUGCAACGACUUGUGAAGGAGAGAGAAAAUUCUGCAUUAUUUGCGGAACCCUGUUGCAAUAUGAUCCAGCAGCUUCUGUUUAUAGGUGCGCGUGCUGCUCCUAUGUGUGUGUGUCAACGUACAGUAUAAACCGAGAGAGACAGCUAAAGAAAGAGAGAGUGAAAGGGGACACGCAUCGCUGGAUAUCAUAGGUAAGGAGAAGGGAAAAUGGAUGCUUAUAUUUUUUGCUAUUCUUGUUGGCCACUUUUGUGUCUUCCCUCCCCUUUCUUUGUGCGUUAAUGAUCAUGCGUUAUGUGUAAUUCAUGGCCCGGGUAAAAUGUGUGUUAGAUUACAACGCACAACAGACGCACUCACAUUCCAACGAGAAAAUGCGUCUCUGUGAGUCGGUGAAGAAUGCCAUUCGCCAUUCUAUUCCGAAUAAUUUUUCAAGACAUGGAGAAAAAAAAACAGUACCCUAUGGGAGAAACACAACAGGCAUAGACGUAGGACCACUUCUAUUCUGCAUUAUCAGUGUUAGCCAAUAUCUGCUAUUGCACAUACCGUCUACAUCGUCGAUGUAGUCUAUUCCGAUGUAGCUCGCUUGUUGUACAGAAUAGCAGAGCCGGUCGCAUCUGCAUGUGUAUCAAUAACACUAGCGGGAGAAGAAAGAAGAAAGAGGACGGUUGCGGUGCCUGCUGUCGGUGAUGUGAGCUGUGUAACUGCAUACUUACACGGGCUAAAGGCAUACUACGAUGCAUCACAUAUUUCAUUUUAAUGCAUUCAUGUGUGUGAGAGCGAGAAACAGGUAAUGUGCACAUAGGUGUGUGUGUGUGUGUGUGUGUUUGACCAUUGCUGUACAUUAUGUGAUUAUUGUAAGCUAUGGUAAAUGCUGUGUUUUCUUUUAGUGUUGAUGGACCACAGCCAGGGACCAGCAAAUGAACUCAUAAAUAAUAGCAGCCAGCCACCUGUGACUAAGAUAUACACUGACUGUAUACAGUAUCUAUGUGUCAUUGGGAUCCAUAGCCUCCCUCCUCUGCUUUACAUUAGGCCCAUAGGCCUACACGUAUUGAUUCAAUAGCACAAGUGAUGGCACAAUGGUUAUCAUUGAGUGUGUGAAUUCUAUAGCUACUGCAAUAUAGUAAACAACAAGUAUAUGAAAAAGUCAAUGUACCGCUAUGCACAUUGCACGUGUAAAGGAGGUGGUUCUGUGAACCAAGAUAGCUUGAUGACCGACGAGUAGCCUUGUCUGAAACGUGAACUUGUGUUAGCUCUCCAGGCUAAUGCCUAGGCUUUAGCUCAGCAGGAUAACACAGUCUUGUGGCACUUAGUCCAGGUUCAAAGCCAGUCGGUCACACACACUCACCUGAUGUUGAAUUCAUGCCAAGUAACUAUACACUGUGUGUGUCUGUGUGUGAAUCUGUAACUAACUGCUGUAACUGUUAAUAUACAGUGUGUGAGUGUAUGAACAUAUGCAGUAUGCACUAAUAAUUAAUAGAUGCAGUAGUGGCGCCACCAUCGGAUUGACUGUACCUGCAAUGAUUCAAACACACACACACACACUUUGAAUCUGUGUGUGUUUACUGCUCGCUGGGUUGAACUGAACACAAGUGCCUCCAUUCGCAGUGCUUACUACCCGGCUAAAUAUAUCAGUUCAUUUCGCCCAGUGUGUAACUGUUCUAUUUAAAUCCUCAUUCAGUAUAGAUGAGCUUGACUUUUUUUCUCGCCAUAGUGAAACAUGAAUGGGUGAAUGAGUUGGACAUGUAAAACCUGUGUCAUAUUUCAUAGUCUAAUACCCUAAGGAAUGAAUGGGUGAAUGAGUUGGGACAUAUAUGUUAAAUGUCAUGGUCAAUUACCUGUAUCUAUUAGUGAUGGGGGAAAAUCAGUUACAUAUUGGGAUAUUAUUUUUGACAAUAUAUCGUAUUGUUUUGACAAUAUUGCAAUAUAAUUUUUCCAUGACUGAUCAAAACACGUUUUCUCAUGCUCUCCUGUCUCUCUGCAGCAGAGAUAUAGUGAGCAAUAUGUUUGGAACAUCGAAUCGCAAUAAAAUCACAGUAUCGAAUCGCAAAACAUAUAGAAUCGUGAGAAUUGCAAUACAUAUCAUAUCGGCACCUAAGGAUCAUGAUAAUAUCGUAUUGUGAGGUCCCUGGCAAUUCCCAGCCCUAGAAUCUAUGAAUGAAUGAAUGAAUGAUCAGACUGUUCAUCCCAUGCAGGUUUGGGCCUGUGGCUGGGCUCCUGUAGGGUAGGUAAGGGGCUAAUGUGGCUCUGGUAUAACCCAGCUGGUUACCUGAGGCUCAGUAUCUUAUGGAGAUGGCUAUAACAGAGUUUAAACUCUUUCUGACCCAGGCUUAAACAACACCUUAGUGGAUUCUGAUGAGAUGAAAAAGACUACAACACAUACACGCAUCCGAUUGCUUUGGGAAGGUGCUGUACAGUAUCCAAGUACGAAUGUUCAUCAGCAUAAGGGGAUUAUCUGUGCACACAAUAUUUUCUUCCAAAUGUGUUUAUUGUCAUACACAACAGUACAGAUUCCAUGUCCUUAAAGGAAAACUCUACCCAAAAACGAUCGUUUGGUAUUUUUUUCAUUAGUCCAUUGUUGACAUAGCCGGUAUGAAUCAAAAUGCAUCAUACCAGCUGUAUUUCUGUAUUUUGAAAGUUAUAUAUUGAAAACUUGAUUGCUGACACGCAAAACAUUUUGAACAAUGACCUAAAUUAAACAAAUACCAAAAGUUCGUUUUUGGGUGGAAGUUUUCCUUUAACCAUGAUUCUUCUGAAUGAACUGAACUGCGGUGUAUUACUCAACUAUGCAUCCAUUCAGUAUUGAAGUGUGAUAUCAGUCGGAUAUUGGUUUUCCUGUAGCAUCGCUGUGUUGAGGAUCCUUGACUUGUACAUGCACUCAAAGCCUAGUUAAUCAGUCCACCAUUGCAAUGAAUUCCCUAUAACUGUAGUUGUAAUGUUGAUGUUAUUGUUCAAUAUUGAUUGUUCAAUAUUUAUCGUUCAAUAUGUGUACAGCAUUUGUUAUUAUGAUUGAUGAUGCAUUGUAACGUGUCCUGUAAAAUAAUGUGUUGUUUUAUGGUUGUUGUAUCAUUGUAUUUAUUUGUUGAGGUUUUCUGAUGUUACCUAAUUCAAUGGGACUGGCCUGGUUAGGUAGAGAAUUCAUAAUUGUGGUGUUUUUUCCAGGUUGUAGAAGCUCAGAUGGUGGUGAGGUGAUUUUCAGUCCUACAGAGAAAGACAAGGACACCACUUCAUUCACUGCUAUGGCCUGUGGGGUGGGAUGGACAUCAUAAAGGUGCAACGAUGAAAACUCGAACUCACAAAGAAUCGGUAUGAACUGUUUCAAUGUCUUCCUUCAUUUGAACCUUGUUCACCUUUGUAGCUGAGUGUGCAUGUGUGGGUCAGAUUGCAUAUGUGUUUAUUGUUAAUAGUUGUAUGAUAUUGCUCGGAGAUGGACUGUAAUGGUAUAUUUGACAUCAUUUAAGAUUAAUAAGACUUUUGAAGUUAAGAUAUUCUGUGUGUAGAUUCUGUGUGUAGAUUCUGUGUAUAUAUUUUGUGUGUAUAUUCUGUGUGGACGUUGAUGCCAAAAUUAUUCCUCUCUGUUCUCUUCUCUCCUCGUUCUUGCCGCCUUCUACCCUCCCAUUUCCCUCUUCAUGCUCUUUACCCCUCUCUACCCUUCCCUGAUCCUCUCUCCUUUCUCCCUCGUUCCUACCCCCUUGAUAUCUCAUCAUCCUUCGUUCCCCUCUCCCCUCCUUUCUGCCCCCUCUAUCCCUCACUUUUUUUCUUUCCCCUUGCUCCCCUCCUCGGUUUUGUCCUCCUCUACUGUUCUCUAUACUUAUUGUUUUGACCCCUUUACCUCCCUCUACCCCCCUUUACCCACCUCUACCUCCCUUUACCCCACCUCUACCUCCCUUUACCCCCUCUACCUCCCUUAACCCCCCCUCUCAUACCCCAUUUCCCAUUCUCUCUCUUCAUUUGUUCCUCCUCUCUCCUUUUCUUCUCCUCCGUCGUGCCCCCUCCACCUCUGGCGGUUCAGAUGCCCAUGCGCAGUGGGCGGAGGCGUGGGGGAAGCAACGAGGAGAGGAGGGGUAGACGUCCGCAUCCCAGCCCUUCUCGUGCAGAACGAAACGACAGGCAGACGGUGAGAGCCUAUCAUGUUUUCUGUCUGUUCUUUCCCUUGUUCUCCCUAAGUAACUCUCUGUCUUGUUAUGUUGUCCCUCUCCGUCUCCUUAUGGCUUUGUUUGUCAUCUAGUCUUUUCAUCUAUAUUUGUCUAUCUCUCUCCAACCCACCCCUCUCUUUGUAAAUAAUAAAGUGUGUGUGUGUGUGUUUGUGUGUGUGUGUGUGAGAGAAGAAGAGGCUGUCAGUCAUUAGAUAUUGAUCUACAUGUAAGCCGUAAUGAAGCUGUGUGCGUGCCUGUAUGAGUCAUCACCACCAUGAUUGCCUUAGAUGUACAAUUAUAGUGCCAAUGUGGCGUGUGUGUGUGGACGUGUUUAACUAUUCUUGUGGGGACUUGGUCCCACAAGGUUAGCUGUACAAGACUAUGUGUGUGUGUGCGUGUGUGUUUCAUAUUGCUUUAGUGUCAUCUCUCUGUGAGUUUGUCUUUUGUCUUUCUUACUUUUAAAAAUGAUAUGCAUGGCAUAUUCUGUAUCUUAGCAAAGAGCUGCUGGCGAGGAAUUGGCUGUCAGUCGCUUCAAUCACAGAUCGCAAGGCCAUGAUUCAUCAGAGAGUGAAGGGGAGGAACUUGUGCCUCCACCAAAGAGGCAGAAAGUUCAGGUUAGUGUAACUUGAUGUUGUACAGCACCACUAGGUUGAAUUACGAUGUUUUAAUGUCAAAAUGUUUUUUUUCUCCAAUCUUUCCUGAUAUUCACCUUAUGUCAUCAGGAUUCUUCCUCUGCCACCAACCCGCCGACUUCAACUCAUUCAACUGACAGUACUCCCCCCACUAUACCGCCCCCACCCUCGGCUCCCAGACAGUCACGUGACAGUGACAACGAGGAUGGCCAAUCCCAGGGCAGCCGGAGCUCAGUUGUAGGGAGCUUGGCCAAUAGUCUGAGCAGUAGCCUGAGCAGUGGGCGGGACAUCGACCAGGACAAUCGAUCUUCCUCCCCGAGUCUCUCUGCCUCCCCUCCAGCCAGUUUAGACUCUGACUCAGAUGGUCCAGACUCCCCAAAGCAAGGAGAGGGGGAACGGGAGAAAAGGAAAGAGGGAGGAGUGGGGAAGACAGGAGGAGAGGAAAGGAGAGCAGCCAGAGAGGGGAGAGGGGAGGAGUCUUGCGGAGAUGGAGAAAGGAAGGAUGGAGGAAUGGAGGACAGCCCUUCUCUGAAGCUGCCAUCCUCCUCCAGCUCUUCCUGUGCUCCUGUUCCCUCUCUCCGCGGAGCAGGGGAUUCAGCCAAUGACAGCAAUAGUGGCAGGAAGUCCUAUUUCUCACAGGACUCCAAGCUGGUGAGUAAGAUGGAGUAUGGACCGGCCAGCGCUGACACUGUGCACGGUGGCAAUCGAAUGAACUCCAAAGCUAAAGUGCAGUGCGUGACCAAGACAACUGUUGCCGGGGGAGACUAUCCCCACGGCAACCCCAACAUUCCACCCCUUCCUCCUCCACCUGCGCUGAAACCCUUAGAACUAGGGGGGCAGAACCUGCCCUCAGAAGUCAAGGUAGAGAGAGAGAAAUUGGAGAAAGGUGAGAAACUGAUGGACAACAAGACGGCUCCUCCCUCUCUGUUACCCCAAACCAGCCCCUUACCCCCCUCCCAGCCCCCGCCCCACCCCCACCACUACAGCCCCACCGGCUGGCAGGGAGGCACGGCAACCGGUUGCCAGGGGAGUUGGGGCUACGCCCGUUACUCCGGUAACCACCACGCUCACCAGCCGCAGCACCAACCACCAGUGCAGCAGCAGCAACUGCCAUCCGUCUACAACCCCCCUUCAUCCCGUCAUUCGUCCUCCUCCCACCCCCCUUACCUCCCCCACCCCCACAAGGAAUACCUCCCCAGGUACGCUGCUGGGGGAGGGGAGAGGGCGGCGGCCGGCGUGAGGGUGGAGUAUGGGGGGAGGGAGAUAGGUAGGGAUUUCUCGGCUAGUAGUGGUAGUAACAGCAGCACUUCUGGUGGGAUGGGGGGUCCUAAUGGGGUCCAAGGGAGGGAGUUUGGGGGUCAGAACCGGGAGUACCCAGGCCUGGGACCUCAGGGCUCUGGGAGAGACCCCCCCAUGGGUCCUGGGGGGAGAGAAUUUGGACCGGGGGGGUUCAGAGAAAGAGAGAGGGAUAGAGAUAGAGAGAUGGAGGGAGAGAGGGAUGUAGGAGGAAGGGAGUUCUCUUUACAGAAUCGUAAUGAGAAUCAGAACAGAGAGUUUGGACCCACCAGUGCUGGGGGAGGAAGGGGGCACCCCAGAGACAAAGAGGGUGGGCGGUGGGGCGAGUUUGGGGGCCAGAUGAGAGAGGUGGGGGGCAAUGGCAACCCCAAUAAUAACCCCCUCCCCCAAGGAAACCCCCCAAGCUCGACCAGUGGGUUACCUGCGGCCCCCAUGCUAAACCGCGACCCCCCUUCCUCACCCCAAAACAACCCCAGCCACCCUUCCCUACCACCCCACCCACAUCCUCAAAGUGCCUCCAAACGAGACUACCCCCCAUCGAUGGAACAGGCACAGACAAGGCACAGCCCCCCCUCUGGACCAGAACACUUCCACAGAGAGUACCCUCCUGGGGCCAAGGACUAUCCCCCUGGUGGCCCACCCUCCACCGGCCCAGCCCGUGAGUACCCCAGCCCCCCCGGAAUGACUCCAAACCUGGGCCGAGACUACCCAGGUGGACCUCAGAUCCCCCACCUGUCCCAUCCCCACUUUCCAACCCAGCAGCCCAGAGACAGGGACCGAGAGAGGGACACCAACCAGCGAGAGUCGGCUCUCUACCAAAACCGUGGUGGUCCACCCCAACCCCCGUCUGUUUCUCCCUCCUCUUCCUCCUCCACUCCUCAUGGACACCCUCUGAAUGCUCCUUACCCUCCUCCGCCACCUCCUCCCCCUCUCCCCCCUCCGCAAACCUCCCUCGCUCAGCCCCAACCCCCCUCCGUCCUGGGACCCAAUCACGUUCGUCCGGCAAAUUACCCGUCCUCCAAUCAGACUCCUGCAACACCCCUUUCUCCUUUACCAAGCCCCUCGACCAAUCAGAUGGGAGGGUUUCCUUCCUACCCGCCAGGCUCCUCCUCCGGGGCCAACAUGCCACUUCCUGGUUCAGGUGUGUCACCUGGCUGUCGGCCCUCACCCUUCCACAGCACUUUGAACAGCCACGCCCCCUUCAGCGGCCCCUACCACUCCAAUGGGAACAGUGGGAACAACCUGGUCCCGACUAACAGCAAUAGUAACAGUAGCAGCGGCAGCAGCAAUACCAACUCUCUCUCUCAGUCCCUCUCACCUCAAAACGCCUCAAAAGGACCGCCACCUCUUAGUAACCCCGGCAACAACAAUGGCACUUCGGCCCCUGGCUGUAGCUCCUCACUUCCUAGAGAUGGGCAUUCUGAUUCGUCCACAGGUCCACCUGUCAUCAAGGAGGAACCAAUAGAGGAGAGGGAGGAGAGCGAAAGCCCACCUCCUGUUUUGAGAAGCCCCUCCCCUGAGCCCAAGCCGGUGGACAUUCCGAUCCACGCCAGCCAAUCAGCACGGUGAGAUGGGAUAGGCGUCAUAGCAACAGAAGGGCUCCGUCAUAUGUCACUCUAACAACAAGUUCUAACAACUGAUUGAUGUGGUUUUAUCUCUGUUUUUGUCGCUGGCACUUCUCAUAAUAUGUCAGCUAUUAUUUCUAGAUAAAGGGGCUGAGAAAUCUAGUCCUGUCACAGAAUAUGUUUUGUAGAUAGGCCUACAGUAUAUCAAAGACAACAACACCUAUAACAGAAGACACAUAAUAAAGAUACUUAGUAUCAUCAUAUGGGAACAAAAUCCGAUGCAUAAAUUGGUUAGAUGUUGCUGAUGUGGUUUGUGGUUCUAGGUUCCACAGAGUUCUAGAUCGGGGCAGUGGAAACUCCUGCGCCCGUAGCGACGUUCUCUUCGUCCCCCUGGACGGCUCCAAACUGUGGAAGAAAAGGAACGAGGUGAUCGAGAGAGCCCGGAGAGAGGUGGAGCAGAGGGCUAGAGACGUGAGGGAGAAAGAGAGGGAGAGAGAGAGGGAGAGAGAGAGGGAGCGGGACCUGGAGAGGCAUCUACAAGUGAGUAUAAUGAGGCAGGGAGGGCGAGGCGAUGAGGGAGGGAGGGGGAGGCAAUGAGGGAGGGGGAGACGAUGCUCAAUUUCCUUCUCCUUUUUGUCUCUUUAAAUGCUCCCUCUCUCCCGUUCCCUCUCUCCCUGCAGCAACAGAAGGACAAUAACAAUGCAAAUAUACAACGCCAGGGCUCCUCUCUCUUCUUCCCCUCAUCCUCCUCCAUCCUCCUCGACCCUAACUCCUCUUCUUCUAACCCUGGGUCUCACCCUCAACCUCACCCCCAGCAGCACCACUCCCACCCUCACCCCCACGCUCACCUCCACCCCUCCCACCUCCACCCCUCCCUCUCUCAACACAUCCCACACUCCCUCCUCAUGCAAUCCAUGGGAGGUUCAACGGUGGUUGGCCCACAGGGGGCUCUGGGGAUCGGGUUAGGAGGGCCGUACCUGGGCCCUGACACCCCCGCACUGCGGACCCUGAGCGAGUACGCCCGGCCCCACGCCAUGUCCCCCCUCGGGGCUAGUCGCCAACACCAACAUCCGCAUGUCCACCAUCAUGGCCACCCUCAUGGCCACCCCCAUGUCCACCCCUCCUUCUUCCUCCCCCAGUUCCAGAACCAUGCUCUGGCCCACCCACAUCACAUGCCUGCUGAUGCAGCCACAGCGGCAGCCAUCUUGGGUUUCCUCUAUGGGGGCAGUAUGGAGGGGGGGCCAGGGGGGCAUGGAGGAGGACAUGGGGGGAUGGGGGGCGCAGGGUUUGGGGGGAUGGGGUUUCCCCAUGCAGUGGCGGCCCACCGUGAGCGCAUGAAGCCGGGGUUUGAGUUUAAGAGUGAGGACAGGGUGUACCAGCCAGGCUCCUUGGGAGAUCCUACGGCUCUCGCCCUCGCCCACUCCCACUCGCAUGCCCACGCACACGCUCAUGCACACGCUCACUCCCUACUGCUGGGGGGAGGGGGUGGAGGUGAGGUGUCCAUUUACGGCACACCCCCUCCCCAGGCUCCUCCACCCCCACCACCACCCCUCCAGAACCCAGCGUUAGCACCUGUGAGUCGUCUCCCUAAUCCUCCUCCUGCCCCUCAGUCCCUCUCCAACCCUCCCCCCUUCUCCCUGCUUCCUCCCUCACUCCCCUCUCACCCCGUGCCUGCACCAGGCCCUCCACCCCCGGUCCCCCGCAGCUGCACCUCUGCCCGCUCCUCCUCCACCCCUCCAACCCUGUUUCAUCCCUCCAUCACCCCGCACCGCACUCCUUUCCCAGCUCUCUCCCCCCAUCUCACCCCCCACCUGCCCCCGCCCCGGUGACCGCCCCUCCUGAGACCUACCCCCCUCCCACUCGCUCCCCCACCAACUCUGAGAGAGAGAGGAGCGGAGAGAGGGAGAGAGAAAGAGAGCGAGACAGAGCGGGGCUGCCAGCCAGUGGAGAGAGGGGACGAGAGAGGGAGAGGGAGCGAGAGAGAGAAAGAGAAAGAGGGGGAAGCAAUGGAAGUGGAGGAAGUGGUGGAAGUGGAGGAGGAGGAACAGGAGGAGGAGAGAUUCCGGGGCGUCUUCAGAUGUUGAACGUCACGCCUCAUCAUCACCAGCACUCACACAUCCACUCCCACCUGCACCUGCACCAGCAAGACACAGGUACCCACUGCUGCUAACACUACCACAGUUAUGAUCCUGUACUAUGAUCUACAUACUACUAUAUAGUGCUGUUUUGAGAUGGGCCUGAGAAAGCUCAUCCUAUCGGUUAGAGAUGUUGUUGUUAACGUGGUUGUUGAUGCUUUGACUCUUAUUAAAUAUCUCCUUGUGUUUCCUGUUACAUCAUUGGCCCCUAGCGGCGGGCGGGGUGCACCCCCUGAUGGACCCGUUGGCGUCGGGGUCUCCCCUGGCCCGCCUGCCCUACCCAGGGGCAACGCUGGGCACCCCCAUCCUGGCACACCCCCUCACUGAAAGCGAGGUGCUACGACAACAGCUCUUCGGUGAGGAAAGGCUUGUUUUUUGGUCUGUUUGUUUAUUGUUCUGUCUGCCUGCCUGUCUGUCUGUCUGUGUUGUAUCAUAAAUAUGAUACCGAACUAUCUAUCUGUCACUGUCUACCUCACCUCUCUCUCCCUUCUACACUCCUCCUCUCACCUGUCUCUCCUCUUCUCCACUCCGCCUCUCACCUGUCUCUCCUCUUCUCCACUCCUCCUCUCACCUGUCUCUCCUCUUCUCCACUCCUCCUCUCACCUGUCUCUCCUCUUCUCCACUCCGCCUCUCACCUGUCUCUCCUCUUCUCCACUCCUCCUCUCACCUGUCUCUCCUCUUCUCCAAAUCCUCCCAACCGCUCUCCUCUUCUCCAACUCUCCAAUCUCAAAAUGGUCUCUCCUCUUCUCCACUCCUCCUCUCACCUGUAUCCUCACCGUCUUCUCACCACUCCUCCUCUCAACUGUUCUCUAGUCUCCAACUCCUCCUCUCACCUGUUCUCCUCUCACCUGUCUCUCACGUCUUUUCUCCAUCUCUCUCACCUGUGUAUCCUCUUCUCCACUCCUCCUCUACCUGUUCUCUCUUCUCAUCCUCCUUGCACCUGUCUCCUCUUCUCAUCCUCUCUCAAGACCCUCUCACUGUCAUCUCCUCUCCGACCACUCCUCCUCUCACCUGUCUUCACUCUCUCAACUCCUCCUCUCACCUGUCUCUCUCUUCUCACACCAUCUCACCUGUCUCUCCUUCUCCACCUCCUCUCACGUCUCUCUCUUCUCCACUCCUCCUCACCUGUCUUCCUCUCAGGGGGGGGGAGCUAGCACCGCACCGUUCUGCUCACUCACUCCUUCACCUGUCUCUAACUUUCUCGACUCACCUCUCACCUGUCUCUCCUCUUCUCCACUUCUCCUCUCACCUGUCUCUCCUCUUCUCCACUCCUCCUCUCACCUGUCUCUCCUCUUCUCCACUCCUCCUCUCACCUGUCUCUCCUCUUCUCCACUCCUCCUCUCACCUGUCUCUCCUCUUCCCUUUCCGCUUCCCUUUUCCUUCCCCCUCCAGGCGCUCCGUUCCGUGAGCUGCCCCAGCCCUCCUCUCUGACAGGUUCCAUGUCAGCGGCCCACCAGCUCCAGGCCAUGCAGCAGGCCCAGAGCGCAGAGCUGCAGAUCCAGAGACUGGCCCUGGAACAGCAGUGGAUCCACCACCACCACCACCACUCCCUCACCCAGGACGAGUACUACAGGUAGCCUACUGAAGGGACCAGGGGAGCUGGGUGGGGUGUGGGGAGAGUGUGUCUGGUGGAGGUGGGGGAGAGUGUACAUGUUGAACUAUUCUUGACCAGAAGUCCCCACAAGAAUAGUAAACAAACAAACAUUUGACCAACUAGGGACAUUUUGUUAGUCCCCACGAGGUCAAAUGCUAUUUCAAGGGGGUUUAGGGUUAAGGUUAGAAUUAGUGUUAGGGUUAGAAUUACGUUAAAGGUUAGGGUUAGGAGCUAGGGUUAGUUUUAGGGUUAGGGUUAGGAGCUACGGUUAGGUUUAGGGUUAAGGUUAGGUUUUUGGAUAAGGGUAAGAGUACGGGUUAGGGAAAAUAGGAUUUUGAAUGGGACUGAAUUGUGUGUCCCCACAAGGUUAGCUGUACAAUACUGUGUGUGUGUGGUGUGUGUGUGUGUGGGCAUCAUCCCUGACCCUGUCUCAUACGAUCUCUUCUCUCUUCCUCAGCCACUUAAAGAAGGAAAGCGACAAGACCCUGUGAGGGAGGAAAAAGAGAGGGGGAACAAGCCCACGGAUGACAAACCCAAAGGAGGAAGAAAGGAGAGAAAUAUGUGCAAACAAAGAUAAAAAUAAAUAAAAAUGGAAGCACUAAAAACAAUGAAGGAAGAGUCAAAUGAAACCAUAGACUGGACACACAUAUCAUACCAUAGGAACCUGAUGAGAAAUGAACUGAUUGAGAAAACAGAUGAAAAAAGGGAGAGAGGGAUGAGUGAAACCGUUACUUACAGUCUGUGUUAUCUGAACUAUAUCAUAGCCCCAGACUCUGGGCAAGUCCCAGCGUAUGUUGUACAACUCCAGUCAGUUUUGUAUUGUGCCCUGUACAGUAUACUAGAUGGGAGCAGCAAUAUAGUGCAGUACAGUCCGUUGUAAAUGACCUUAUGCCAGGAAGAAUGUGUACAUCAGGCUCUCCUUUAUGUCAUUGCAUGUAGCUAGUCGCUUAUUCUGAACUGGUUGAACUCCUGGUUCUAUUUUUAGUAAUCGGCCUCUUUCCUAACGGACGGGCGGUGUAUGAGUAUGCAUGAGACCAAUGAUUAAGAAGUGUCAUAUUAUGUUAACGAUUAAUAGUAUUGUUAUUAUUAUUAAUGUUGUCUGUUUGUUGAUAAUUAUAUAAUUAUAUAUACAUAUUAUUUGUAUUAUUAUUUUUGUACAUUUUCAUGGUAUGGCGGUUUGUUUAGUUUUUUAUUGUGAAACGAGAUGCAAAUGAAGGAAAAAGACGGAAGAUAAACAACAUCAUUUUUUUUGGAAAAUAUAUGGGUCUCUGAUGUGGUUGUGUACAGUAUGCUCUCUCCUCUCUCUCUCUACACACAUCUCUAUCUUACAUACACAUGCAGUGUAUUCGCUGUCUCUGUCUCGGUUUUAUAUAAAACACAUAAAGCAUAUAUCGAAUUCCUCUCUUCUCCUUCACCCUACUGUCUCUCUCCCUUCUCUCCCUUCUCUCUCUCUCCUUCUCUCUACCCCUCUCCUCACUCCCACUCUCUUCCUUCCCUCUCCCCCUCUCCCUCCCUCACUCCUUCCUCUAUUUCCCUCCUCCCUCUCUCUGGGUGAGUGUAGCUAAUAGGAGACAUAUGUAUGGGAUGAGUGUGAGACAUGAAGGUUGAGUAGCUCCAGCGAGCACCAGCCCUGUACAGCCAACAUUCCAGACCACACUGUAAAAGAAAGAAGGAAAAUGAUAGGAGGAGCUGGAAGCCUGUGAUUUACCAAUGACAUUAGAAGCUCAGGGCUGACUGUGUUCUAGACAAAAUGUGAGAAAUGCCUCUGUGCUGUUUAGAAUAAAUGCUCCUAUAGUUUGUAUUAAUAACGUUUCAACCACAGAGGCAACUUCAUACAGUACAUGUGAUGGUGUGACUCUUUAUACCAAGUGAAGCUAAAACCAUACAGUAUUUACAUGUUAAUUGCAUAUGCAGCUGGACCAUACUAUGUAACAUGCUACGGUCUGACUAUUCACAUAAAACUGGUUUGUUUUGAUCUCUAUUUACAGAAAGGAACUGACAGGAUGGAACUUUUCCGUAUAUUCUGUUUAUAGUGCUGUAUAGUCAGCCAUGUUACCAUUCAGAAAAGCUACUGUACUCUGUAUAAACCAUAGGAAUAACAUGCAUUCAACAAGAGUUCAUUAGUAGUAAAGGAGCAGACAGAGGUACUGGAUAUGUGCAUUCACAUUAUAUUAGUGUCACAUACAGUGUUUAACUGGCAAGUGCUAUUAGCUUUCUCCUGCCCUCAUGCUGAGCUGAGAUAUUCCAUGGUAAGUAGGUUGUGUGGCGUUUAAAGUCACAUUAGAUAAGUAUGUCGGCAGCAUUCCAUAUUGUAGCAUCUACAGGACGAUCCUGACAUUCCAUUCUGAUGACAUCACAUCAGGGAGAUAUUCUUAGAGCCCUCCUUCACCAGGGCGAGUGAGAAGGACAAUGUCCCAAGACAUCGAAAUAGGUUGCAUAGAAUCAAUAGAUGUCAUUUUACAUGGCCUGUCCAUCAUUGGAGCUUGGGUAACACACAGAAGUUCCGCUAAACAGAUUGUUAUAGUGUAAUUACCAUUUUAUGUCAUUUCUAAGUAAAUGUUCAUUUCUGUACCAGGCUUCUCCUCGGCUUUCAAUCAGGCAAUAGUUUCUAUCAAUGGUGCUGUCUGUUCUACCCGUACGUGAACAAUUUCUAUGAUCACAGAGCCAUGGACUGACUGACAGGCUGCCUUGAUUAUAUACUAAUUGGAGUCACAGGCGUUUCAAUGUUUCUUGUUUUUGCGUCAAAGGGGGAGGGCUCAGGCUGCACAAGGACACUGAAAUCUAAUAACUACUCCCUUAGUUAUAGAAAGACACGCAUACACACCCACACUCAUUAACUCACUCACCCACUUACACAAGCUGAGAAAUAUGAUGACAUGUUGCUCCAUGUAAUUAAGAACACAGACUCACUUGCACGUGCGCACACACAAAAACAAACACACACACACAGAGACCUUUGUGCCUGAGAGAACCCUGAAGGCGACCAACACUACCUCCCAGACCAGCAACAGACACACAUACCAGCGACAGCCAGACAGACCAGUGACAGACAGACAGACCAACGACAGACAGACAAACCAGUGAGCUGUGUUGACAGAGAAACAGCCUCACAGAUACCAGUAUGCAUCAAGUUGACAUGGAGCUGUACCGGCAGUGUGGAGAAACCCCAGCAGGGCAGGAGUAAGACGGAACACACACAGACGUCAUCUCUAACACACGUCACACACCCUCACAGACUGGCUGUGUCCACAAUCAACUUCACCAAGGUAAGAAUCUGUGUUCCCCCCUGCUGCCUCACUCUCUAUUCAGAGUGAUAAGAACAAACACGCUGGGACCUUUUCAAAUGUUCUGCUUGUAACCCUGUACUGAUGUAUACUACCGUUCAAAAGUUUGGGGUCAUUUAGAAAUGUCCUUGUUUUCGAAAGAAAAGCAAUUUUUUGGCCAGAAACAAAUCACUUUCUUCUGAAACUCGUCAGUCUAUUCUUGUUCUGAGAAAUGAAGGCUAUUCCAUGCGAGAAAUUGCCAAGAAACUGAAGAUCUCGUACAACGCUGUGCACUACUCCCUUCACAGAACAGCGCAAACUAGCUCUAACCAGAAUAGAAAGUGGAGUGGGAGACCCCACUCUAUAUAUAGUUAUUCUGUAUGCUCUGUGAAGUCUUUAUGUAUGCUCUAUGAAGGCUAUAUGAAGUUCGUAUGUAUGCUCUGUGAAGGCUGUAUGAAGUCCUUAUGUAUGUGCUUUGUUAAGGCUAUAUAGUCCUUCUUUAUGCUCUAUGAAGUGUAUUGUGUUAUUCUCCUCUCAGGGCUCAGUGGCAAGUUGAGCUCUAGUUUCCCUCCAUAGAGACCAGCUGCAGUGUGUCUGGUGAUGCUGUGUGCCCUCCUACUGACCGCCAUCACAGCUGCAGUGUGUCUGGUGAUGCUGUGUGCCCUCCUACUGACCGCCAUCACAGCUGCAGUGUGUCUGGUGAUGCUGUGUGCCCUCCUACUGACCGCCAUCACAGCUGCAGUGUGUCUGGUGAUGCUGUGUGCCCUCCUACUGACCGCCAUCACAGCUGCAGUGUGUCUGGUGAUGCUGUGUGCCCUCCUACUGACCGCCAUCACAGCUGCAGUGUGUCUGGUGAUGCUGUGUGCCCUCCUACUGACCGCCAUCACAGCUGCAGUGUGUCUGGUGAUGCUGUGUGCCCUCCUACUGACCGCCAUCACAGCUCUGGCUAUCCACUGUGUGUACUACUACCAACUACAGAUCAAAUCUACGUUUAUUUGUCGCAUACACAGAUUUUAAUAUGUUAUUGCAGGUGCAGUGAAAUGCUUGUGUUUCAAUCUCCAACAGUGGAGUAAUACCUAGCAAUCCCCCCCAAAUUGUUUUGAACUACAUAGGAUCUGAGUAUACAAAACAUUAGGAAGACCAGCUCCUUCCAUGACAUAGACUGACCAGGUGAAUCCAGGUGAAAUCUAUGAUCCCUUAUUGAUGUCACUUGCUAAAUCCACUUCAAUCAGUGCAGAUGAAGGGGAGGAGACAGGUUAAAGAAUUUUGAGUGUGUCAAGAACUGCAACACUGAUGGGUUUUUCCACACUCAGUUUCCCGUGUGUAUCAAGAAUAGUCCACCACCCAAAGGACACCCAGCCAACUAGACAACUGUGGGACACAUUGGAGUCAACAUGGGCCAGCAUCCCUGUGGAACACUUUCGACACCUUGUAGAAUCCAUGCCCCGACGAAUUGAGGCGGUUCUGAGGGCAAAAAGGGCUGCAACUCAAUAUUAGGAAGGUGUUCCUAAUGUUUUGUACACUCAGUGUAUAUUCAGUGUUAGAACAGUUGAGACAUAGUCCUGUGUCUUCGUGAACAUUUACAAUUCAGAUAGAAGGCCAGGAUCAUGCAACAAUGCCAGAAAAGAUAGACAAAAGCAGGUAAAGACACUUUAAUAAACAUUUUAUCUACAUUUAUUUUGUGACAGUCGGAAUGUCUGCAAAGGUGAAAUCUUGUAGAAUACAUUUUGGGGUUUUCUGCAGCUGUAUAACGAAGGUAUAGAACUGGGUCGCAGAUCUACUGUAUGUGGCAAGUUAAUGUGUUGACUGUCAUGUGUCUUCAUUGCACAUAAAAGGGUUACAAGUGCACUGAAAUAAAAUUUAAAAUCCAUUACCUUCACAAAAAACAUAAAAAAAUAUAACAACUAAACCCCAAGAAAAAUGUUUUGUUUUCAAACGACUCACUCAGCAUAUAGGAGGUCACUGUAAGUAAAAUUCCAGCUCAUCACUACAGAAUUAGGCCAACAGUUCAUUUUUCAGCGCUAACAGCUUGGGCUUCAGCUUUCCAUCGUCGAGGUUCAGGAAGACUUUCUGCAUGAACUCAAAGGUGCUGCCCAGGGCCUUGGGGUAGUUCAGAUGGAGGGAGUAGAGUAGGCCAAACACAACCACGAGAGCAUCUGGCCAGGAGCGGGAGUUAGUCAUGACGAUCUUAUCCUCAAGGACAAUGGAUACAUGGGCUGGUCUGAUGGGUACACCACCCACCACCACCUCAUUGUGCUGGCCCACCACUGAGAGAAUGGAAACGCCAUCCAGAAUACCAGGGUUGCUGAGUUCUCCCACCUUAAUGACAUAAGAAAAAACAAAGUUUAAAAAUCACAAUACAAAAGAAUAUUGCGUUGAUAAUGGUACAGGCUGUAAAACCAUAUAGGUGACCACCUUGCAGACUUUGAAGACAUCAGAACUAUCCUCUCGUAACAACAAAGGGAGACCAGCCAGGACUGCAGAGCGGGCCACAGUGAUGUUCUUUUCUCCCUGUGAAGUGAACUAAAGAGUGCACAUUUCACAAUGUAAUUUAGCAUUUAAAUAAUCCAGCAAAUUGAGAUCGUCAACCCCAACAUAGAGGAGUAAUCUAAUCUGGUUCCAGUCACAACUAACAGUUGAAGUAUAUGUCCAUAUAGUGCACGGGUGGCCAAUCUUAUCCACAAAAUCCAGGUGUGGGUGCAGGCUUUUGUUCCAACCAAGCAGUAAACAACGUCUUGGUUGAAGAUUAGUUGAUAAAGUUGAAUCAGGUGUGUCACUGCUUGAUUGAAACAAGAGUCUGCAGCCACACCAAGAUUGUCCAUCCCUGAUCCACUGACCUGCUCAUUGUACACUCUCAGGAUGCUUGAGAACUUCCCUCCAUAGGUGGUGGACUUCCCCUCCUUCUCCCUGAACAGGGUCAGCAGGCGGGGCGUGUGGUGGUCCAAGGCAGCGUAGAACGUCUGCUGCAGGCUCUGGUUGGUGAUUCUCUGAAACUCAGCAUGUACCUGCAGCAAAAGAUAAAGCACAAGUUGAGCAUGCCCUGA